CUUCCGGUUACUUAGCUUUUGCUGGAGGCUGCGCGUUCUGUCCAGAUCUCCGCGUGUGCCCCCGAGCGCAGGGUCCCAGGCCGGCAGCAAGUAGGCUACAUGUCGUCACCGCAAGCCCUAGAGGACGAACAGGGCGGCGGCGAUCCACCCAGGGACCUCCGCAGCGUCCUGGUCACCAGCGUGCUCAACCUCGAGCUGCUGGAUGAGGAUCUCUUCAGAGGAAGGCAUUACUGGGUACCCUCAAACCAGCGGCUGUUUGGGGGUCAGAUCGUGGGCCAGGCUUUGGUGGCUGCAGCCAAGUCUGUGAGUGAAGAUGUCCACGUGCAUUCCCUGCACUGUUACUUUGUUCGGAAAGGGGACCCGAAGGUGCCGGUUCUGUACCAGGUGGAACGGACGCGAACAGGGGUGAGCUUCUCCGUGCGCUCUGUGAAGGCUGUGCAACACGGCAGGCCCAUCUUCAUCUGCCAGGCCUCCUUCCAGAAGACCCAGCCCAGCCCUGUGCAGCACCAGUUCUCCAUGCCUACCGUGCCCCCGCCGGAAGAGCUGCUUGGCCACGAGGCCCUCAUUAACCAGUAUUUAAGGGACCCUAACCUUCAAGAGAAGUACCGAGUGGGGCUGAACCGAAUUGCUGCCCGGGAGGUGCCCAUUGAGAUCAAGCUGGUAAACCUACCCACUCUGAGCCAGCCCAAACAGAGCAUGGAGCCCAAACAGAUGUUCUGGGUGCGAGCCCGGGGCUACAUUGGGGAGGGCGACAUGAAGAUGCACUGCUGCGUGGCAGCCUACAUCUCGGACUAUGCCUUCCUGGGCACAGCACUGCUGCCCCACCAGGAGCAGCACAAGGUGCACUUCAUGGUCUCCUUGGAUCACUCCAUGUGGUUCCACGCCCCUUUCCGAGCUGACCACUGGAUGCUCUAUGAGUGUGAGAGCCCCUGGGCCGGUGGCUCCCGGGGCCUAGUUCAUGGGCGGCUGUGGCGUCGGGACGGGGUCCUGGCUAUGUCCUGUGCCCAGGAGGGCGUGAUCCGAGUGAAGCCCCGGGACUCAAAAAGCAAGCUGUAGCUAGAGGUACCAGCUUGGUCUGGGACUUCAAGGAUCUCCCUUGUCCCCCGACUCCUGAGGCAGGAGUUAUCCAGGGCUGGGCCUUUGGUGCUGAACAUGGAAUAAAGAGACUUCUACCAGUGGAGCUGCUGGCCUUUAAUCCCCCUGGGCCGGAACUGCAGCCCUCCCUCCAGCCAUCAACCCCAGGACUCCUGGCCCUUAGCCAGGCUGGCUUGGAGGCCCAAGGAAAAGGGACCAUUGACCCUGACCUGGGGCACAGCCCCCAGAUAGUCAUAAGCUUGAGAGGCUUUCUCCCUGCACCAUCCUAGCCAAAGCUUGUCCUGAGCCCAGCUCCACAGAAGAAGCACAUUUCUUCACUCUGCUACAAAUCCUUUGUGGAACUUCUAGGGGUUCCCAGCACCCCUGGUCACCUCCCAAAUGCUGUCUGUGUCCUCAUCCGCCCCUACCCCACUUCCCAUACUGGGGCAGUGCCUCUCCCCACAGUGGCCUUAAGUCUAGGUGUGGUUAGUCCAGCACCUCCUUGAUGAGUAGUUCUUUGAGACUGGGGGGUGGCGUGGGCGUCAGGCCUGCCUCUUGCAGGGCCUGGAGCCGGGCCUCUGAUUGGUGUUUGUCCAGGCCCAGGUGCCAGGAGAGCCGCACGUGGGCCUCCAGAAAGGGUGCCAGAAAAGGGUGAGGGCUCUUGUCCCCCAGCAGCUGUAGGGCCUUCUCACAGCAUGCCCGGGCCUCCCCAGGGUCCUCCAGCUCCUGGUGGCACACAGCCAGCCCUGCCAGGGUCAGCAGAGGGCGAUCUGGGCCUGAGGGGACACCCAGCUGGGCCUGCAGCUGCCAGGCGUUGGCCCAGAGCGCCAGGGCCUCGCGGUAGAGGCCAGUGCAGGUGAGGCUCUGCGCCCGCCGCAGCUCCGGCAGCACAAAGAAGUCUUGCAGGUCCGGGGCCUGGCGCAGCUCAGGGACUGCCUGGAGGUGGCCCAAAAACUGCUCGAAGGCCCGGCUGCGGCGGGCGAUGGUCUCUGCGGUAAAGUUCCGGCGCAGGCGCUUGCGGGGGAAGGAGAUGGCAGCCAUGGGGCCCCGGAACUGCCGCUGCAGGUUUCGGUGCAACCGCUCAAAGUCCGAGUAUCGGCGGGAGAUCUGGGCUGGCUGGCGACCCGGUGGCCCCGGGCCCGUCACGGCGAGGGUGUAGAGCUGCGGGGGAGGGUGGGGGUCAGGGCAGGUGCAGGGUGUCCCCGGGACCCUUCCCUCUCACUUCCAGCUCUCUUCCCCCACCUCUUCCCUUCACCCCCGAGGCUGCUAGGGAGCCCAGUCUCAUCUUACCUGAGGCUCAUCUGAAAUGACCCAGGCCCAAGGCAGCAUGGGGAGAAAAAGACAGAGAUGAGCUUCAGCGCCUGGUCCAGCCGCCCGCUCUGCCCCUCCUAGGGAGUACUCCCUUCCCAUAGGGCAGUGAGUUCUUCUAACAGCCCCUCUGGAAAACCAGCCGAGGGCCGAAACCCAGGCCCAUCUCUUGGGCCUCUAGAGCUAACUAACCUUUAGGAUCAGCUUGGAGCUUUAUUCCACUCUGGAUCCAUAGCCCUACAUCCCUGGCCAGGUUAUUCCAAUCCAGACCCAGAACACAGUUUUUCAGACAGCCCCAGUAGCGACCAGUGUGAAAAGUGCACUGGGACCCAAGUUCUAACCUCAGGUCAGGUGCUCCCUCACUAUGGGAUGUCAGGCAGGGCAGUCCCCUUCUUGGGUCCGCUUCCGACUCUAGUGAAUGGAGCGCUGGCCCAGCUCACUGUUUACUUAAGUGUGGGACGUGUGCAAACGUUGGUACCUGGGUGGUUUAGGGGGUAUGUACUGGAGUAAAUAACACUGAAUCAGAGGCAGGAGGCGAUGCCCCCACUAAUUCUCUGUGAACCUUUCUGACUGCACGUUGAGAAGCUCUCAGUUUGGUUUUAAAAAGCCCUUUUCGUCUCCAUUUUUAGAAGAGAGCCAGAAAGAGACUCUCAGGUCAGAGCCUUCUUCAGACAGCAGCAUCCAGGCAGGGCUGAAUGACACUUUCACUGCUUUUAUUUUUAUGGUUAUCUUCUCUUUAUGGCAAGUGAGCCUUUCCAUAUACAGUUGUACUAUAAAGUCUUUUAAACUUAUUUUUUAAAAAAUAGGUUUAUUUGAAGAGAAACGUGAAGCACAGAAUGGUACAUGUAGCAUUUAGAUAGGACAAGAACUGUGAGGGUGCUGGAGGUUCGGGAAACACUGAACAAGAUGACCACUAAGCUUCCCCCCAGGUCCGAGAACCCAAAUAUGGAUUAAUCUGUAAUCAUGCUGAGCUAACAGGUCUAAAGGGGGGAUUAGCAAGCGUUCGAUGUUGAAAGCAUACUAACACCAAACCGAGAUUUUCCUCUCGAAUUUGUUCUGUGAAACUGCCAAUAUCCUAGCCACCCCUGGUCAGUUAGGUUUGCCUGCUCUGUCCUUCCCUUGAAGAUUCACAGUGUACAUUAAUAUUCAGGAUUAAAAAGUUUAACAAUAAAGAAGCUUAUU